CAAUGGAUCGCGUAGACGCCCAUGGUGACAUGGUAAGCGCCCAUUCGGUCUUUGCCGACUGACGCGUCGUGCAUACCGCGACGCGCGUACGAGCAGCCACGCUCUCCUCCUCCUCCUCAUCGUCCACCUACUACCUCGCCGACAUGGAUAUUUCAUUCGCACUCACGGGGAAGGGAUACGUUCUUGUGGCAGCAGAUACAACUGCUGCCCGGUCUAUCAUCAAGAUGAAGUCGGACGAGGACAAGAUCAAGGUCCUCAGCCCGCACUUGCUCAUGGCAUUCUCUGGAGAACCAGGCGACACGGUCAACUUUGCCGAGUAUGUCGAGCGCAACCUCCGACUCUACCACAUCCGCCACACCUACCCACUCCGACCAGCCUCUGCUGCUUCAUGGAUCCGUCGCUCGCUUGCCGAGUCACUGCGCUCGCGUAGUCCGUACUCCGUCAACCUACUUCUUGGAGGGUAUGACACGGCAACACACACACCGGAGCUGUAUUGGGUGGACUACCUGGGUACAAUGACGAGCGUGCCGUUCGGUGCACACGGAUACGGGAGUUAUUUCGCUCUCAGUUUGCUCGACAGAUACCACGACCCAGAAGCAGGUCUCGAGGAAGGCCUGGCCGCUCUUCGGCGAUGCAUCGACGAGGUCUCGAAACGUCUGGUCGUUUCGCCCGGAAAGUACAAAGUGAAGGUGGUUGACAAGGAUGGCGUGCGGGAGAUCGAGCUCUGAGCGUUCGUCUUCCUAUUGGUCCCAGCUUUCUACGAUGACAACGCUGUGUAUGUCGUGUCAAUUGACUGGACGUAUCGAGUACUCUCGAGACGCGACAAUUGUAAUCUAGCCUGGCGUCGGCGAUCACGUUCUACAGACCCACGUCGCGUAGCAGCUCAUCUCGGAUUCAGACCACUUCAAGACGUCGGACAGCCUGUGGGACGGGAUUAUUCAUUCAUCUCAUGAAUCUGCCA